GAACUAUGGCGGCUUCUGCGCCGACGCCGGCCGUCACUGGCUUCCCAACUGAGGGUCGAUGCAGUUACUAUGUGGAAAAGAAGAAACGGUUCUGCAGGAUGGUGGCGGCAGCAGGAAAGAGGUUCUGUGGUGAACACGCUGGAGUCGCGGAGGAGGAAAAUGAUCGGAAAAGAAUCCUGUGUCCUUUGGAUACAAAACACACAGUGUAUGAAGAUCAACUAGCAAAGCAUUUGAAAAAAUGUAACUCCAGAGAAAAGCCAAAACCUGAUUUCUUUAUUCAAGAUAUUAAUGCAGGCUUAAAAGAUGAAACAGAAAUACCUGAACAGCUAGUUCCAAUUUCUUCUCUCUCUGAAGAGCAACUGGAAAGCUUAAUUAAGAAAUUGAGAAAAGCAAGUGAAGGUUUGAACUCUACACUUAAAGAUCAAAUUAUGUCCCAUCCAGCCUUGCAUGAUGCCCUUAGUGAUCCUAAAAAUGGUGAUUCAGCAACCAAACACCUGAAACAGCAGGCUUCUAUUUUAGGUAACAUUGAAAAAUUAAAGUUACUUGGUCCAAGAAGAUGCUUUGUUGAGUUUGGAGCAGGCAAGGGAAAAUUAUCUCAUUGGGUUGAUAUUGCCUUAAAAGAUGCUGAAAAAGUUCACUUCAUCCUAGUAGAGAAGGUGACCACAAGAUUCAAGGUAGAUGGCAAACACAGAAAGAAAGAUUCAAUGUUUGAGAGACUUCAAAUUGAUAUUCAACACUUGUGUUUGAGUAAGAUUCCUUUACUAAGCAAAGAAAAACUACCUGUGGUAGGAAUUGGAAAGCAUCUGUGUGGUAUGGCAACAGCUCAGCUGUCACCACUUUCAGGAAGCCUCCCAAAUAAGGUACUCCUCCUUAGUGUUUAUCAUAAUUAUCUCUACGUAUCUUUACCUUAUUGCAUUUUAAUUAUCUGUUUAUAUAUAUUAAUUCUCCCACUAUGCUGUGAAUUUUUUGAACAGGGAGUGUGCUAAAACAGUGGUUGACAUGUAAUAGAAACUCAGUAAAUGUUUGAGUGAGUAAAUAAUCCUGGCCACCAAUUAUCUGUGUUUCCUAGUCCCUUUCCAGGUAUAUGGCUUUGUCCCUUAGGUUCUCCAUAAAGAAGAGAUUGAGAUAGAUUGCUGAAGCUCCUUCUGAUUAUGAUGUAUCUUCAUUCUUUUAAUAAUUUUUUAGGUUAUUCACAUUUUUGAAAAUCAUUUACUUAAGUCCAAUAUAAAUAAAACAGUGACUGAAUAUAUAUUUUUUUGCUUGUCUGGGAAUCGUUUAAUCCCUCCUUCAUAUUUAAAUGAUAAUCGUGCUGAAUAUAUAUUUUUUUAGAAAAUAAUAACUUAUGAAACAAUAGAUUAACUAUCACUUUCCCCAAAUAAUAGGUUCCCAAGAAUGUUUGUUGACUUAAAUUCAUAUAUUGAAUUAAAUUUACUAGUGAAAAUCAGAUCAUUUAAUUGUCAGUGGUGACAUCUUAGGGUAAUAAAAAUUUUAAAUACAUAAGGUUUUGAUUGAAUAGUCAUAGCAUGCCAAUCUAAUCAGACAGACAAUAUGGGGUUUACAGCAUACAUUUGGAGUCUUUCCAAUAUUGCCAACAUUAUAGCAGUCUUCUGUGAGAAAUACUCAUAGUCAGCAAAAAUCGAUUUAUUUUUUAAAUGUACUAUAAGGUUUUCAUUUUAAUAUGGAGUACAUCCUCUUAGUUUAUGUGUAUAAUCAUCAUUGUAUCCACAAGGCCAUGCACAUGAAAGGCAUUCAGUAACUAAUUGCUGAAUGAAUGCUUAAAUACUGUAAGCUACUCAGGGAGGCCUGCUUUCCACAAUCUGACCCCAUUCUUUACUCUUCAGCUUGCUAUUUGCUUUGAACAUCUUAUAUUUCAGAACUGACACCUAACACCAAUCUAAGCAGAAGCCUUUAUUCUUUAUUUCUUUCUUUGAGUUUCCUAAGCUCAAAAUUUUCCUGCCAUGUGAGUGUAAAUAAUUUUUUCUAUACAAGUCAUUUCCUCAGGGUAGGAGAAAUAAGAGCCAAUAAGGGUGUUUGAACUACAAGUCUAUACAAAUUGUAGAUCUUAAGCUUCAAACAGUUUUUUAGGAAGUAGACUUUAUGCAGACUAAAUCAUUAGAGAAAAUGAGAUGCUAAUGAGAAAGGAGCAAAUAAAAACAAAGUUGGUAAUUCAUGGAAGAAUUAUUGCAAGUAUAAAGCUAAGUAGUUUUUUGUUGCUGGGAUUUUAAAAUCCAUACUGCUUAAUAACUGUAAAAAAUAUUUAUUUUUAAAGACGAUGUGGUUUGGGGGGGCCACAUAAUUGUGUUCGCAGAUCUUGCAUUACGGUGUUUGGUUGAAACCUAUGCUGCCAGUUGUGAGGAAAGGAAUGAAGAACCUUUAGCCAAACGCAUAAAGAAUGAUAAAACAGAAAAAGAAAUUAACACUUUGGCCAAGGAAAGAAAUGAAAAAAAUGUCCCAGAGAAGUGGACCCCUGUGGCUGGCAUUGUUAUUGCACUCUGUUGUCACCACAGGUGUGA